GGUGGAGCUUUAAGAUACCAUCAUUGAUACUAUCUUUGCAAAAUGAUUAUUGGAAAGGAGCAAAUUCCUUUCUUGAUUUAAUGAGAUUUAAUUUCCCACCUUUUAAUCAGUUAUUCAACCAAUUUGUCCCUGUGCAUUAUAAAAGCACGAGCAGUUUUGAAGGAUAGUUCAGAUCCCUGACCCAACCACCUGAGCAAACCUUGCUCCUGACAUGAUGUGGCUGCAUACACUGGUCCUGUACAUCUUUGCCUUCACAGUUCAGGGGCAGCAGCCUUCAAUGCCAAUAGUAGACACAGAAUAUGGGAAAGUCCAAGGCACUCAAGUGACACUACGAGGAUUUGACAAACCUGUCCAUGUUUUUCUGGGGGUGCCUUUUGCCAAACCUCCCCUGGGACCUCUGAGAUUCACUCCACCCCAGCCUCCUGAGCCCUGGGACUAUGUGAAGAAGACCACUACAUACCCACCAGUAUGUACCCAGAGUACAGGUGUAGCAAAUAGACUUUCUAGCCUUUUCUCUAUUAGGAAUGAAACCAUUCCAGUGACAAAUUCUGAAGACUGUUUGUACCUAAAUAUUUACACACCAGCUAACAUGACUAAGAAAACCAAGUUACCGGUGAUGGUAUGGGUCCAUGGAGGAGGUUUGUUUAUGGGUGGGGCUUCAACCUAUGAUGGAUCAGCCCUAUCAGCCUUUGAGAAUGUAGUAGUGACAACCAUUCAAUACCGCCUUGGAAUCUUGGGGUUCUUUAGUACUGGAGAUGAACAUGCCCGGGGGAAUUGGGGUUCCUUAGACCAAGUGGCAGGACUCCAGUGGAUCCAGAAGAAUAUUGCCAACUUUGGAGGAGACCCAGACUCAGUAACCAUCUUUGGCGAAGCUUCAGGAGGUUUUAGUGUUUCAUCACUGAUUUUGUCUCCUCUGACCAAGAAUCUCUUCCACUGAGCCAUUUUUCAGAGUGGUGUUGUCCUUCAAUCACCUCUAUUCAGUUCUAAUGUCAAACCAAUUACUGAGAAAAUUGCAGCUUUUGCUGGAUGUAAAACAACUACAUCAGCCAUCAUGGUUCACUGUAUGAGGCAGAAGACAGAGGAAGAGAUCAUUAACAUAACUAAGAAGUUGGAAUUAUACCACUUGGAUUUCCUUGGAGAUCCCACAAAGAAAUUUGUGUUCAUACCUUCAGUUGUGGAUGGAGCAUUUUUCCCCAAAAGUCCCAAAGAACUCCUGACUGAAAAGCAGUUUAAAGACAUUCCCUACAUCAUGGGAAUCACCAAUGAUGAAUUUGGCUGGUUUCUUCCAAAUGAAAUGGGAUAUCCUCUAUCAGGGGAUGGACUGGACCAAGAGACAGCAACAGCACUUCUAUGGAGCUCCUAUCCAACUGUUGAAAUUCCCCAAAAUCUUACUGCUGUGAUAACUCAAGAGUAUCUUGGAGUGACAGAUGAUCCUGUCAAAAAGAAAAGAUUCUUUCUGGACAUGCUAGGAGACUUGACAUUUGGAAUCCCUACUGUGAUUUUGGCUCAGUACUACCGGGAUGCAGGUUCACGCACCUACCUCUAUGAAUUUCAGCAUCCAGCAAGUGUUUGGGGAAAUCUGAAGCCAGCAAUGGUCAGGGCAGACCAUGGGGAUGAUUUAUUCUUUGUGUUUGGGUCUCCAUUUUUAAGAGAUGAUUUCUCAGAAGAAGAAAAGCAUCUUAGCAGGAAGAUGAUGAAAUAUUGGGGCAACUUUGCUCGGAAUGGAAAUCCGAAUGGUGAAGGACUGCUGGAAUGGCCUCAAUAUAAUCAGAAUGAAGAGUACCUCCAAAUCAAUACCACUUUUAAAAUAGGCAAGAAGCUGAAGAAAAAGGAAGUGGAAUAUUUUACUGAGCUUUGGGCAAACCAAACAUCUAAAGAGAAAGGAGAGCAUAUCUAGAUAUUAUCUGCAUAGAUAAAGUUACUAGACUUCAAAAGAAGCCUCUGUGGACCUGAAUAAAAAGAAAUUUUUGCAUUGGAA